AUGGGAGUGAUAGGGGAGAAUGAAGAUGGCUCAAUUAAUUCGAUCGAGAAAUUGUCACUGGUAACUGAAGAAAACAUUUCUAAUAUACAGUCUGAGAGAGAAGCUGUUGAAAAAGCUGAUGGACAAAUGAGCAUGAGCAUUCAGAGAUGUUCAUCUGCAUCAGUUGGUUGGCCGGAUGAUAUGCUAACGAGUGAGAUGAGUAGAACAGGCAUUGAUAGUGAUUGUGAUGAUCAGUCAAGACUAUCAUUUAUCAUGAAAGAAAAACUUCAUGCUUUGACCGGUAAUAUGCGACGUCGUACUUCACAGAUGGUCAAUGAAAUAAUGAGAGAAUCCGAUGAUGAAGAGAAAUGCUUAGAAAAUAUUGAACUUGAUCGAAAAGAACAUCGUCUAAGUUUAAUGUCAUUAAUUGGACUUCAACGAAGAGCAUCACCUGUAAUUGAUUCAGAUAUAAACAAAUCCAAAAAUUAUUUACGACGAAUCUUUCUAUCAUCUAUCAAUCCAUUCCCAUUUUUGUACAAUGCCUUCGGUAUUCCAUUACGAAGUUCCUAUCCUUAUCAAACAGAAUCUAAUCUGAUUUAUUGGCUUAUUGCUGAUUAUAUUGCUGAUGCUAUAUAUUUAAUUGAUAUGUUACUCAUCAAGCCGAGGUUACGUUUUAUGCGUGGCGGACUUCCUGUGAAAGAUAUAAAAGAAACAGCAAAACGUUAUGUGCGCAGUAUUAAUUUCAAACUUGAUUUAAUUUCAUUAAUACCAUUCGAUAUAAUUUACAUCUGGACAGGACCAAUUGCUGCAUGGCGUGCUGUACGAAAUGCAUACAUUCGAUGUUUUUACUUUACAACAGCGGUAGCAACAUCAACCGGUAAUAAUCCGGCACCAACAAAUAUUGUUGAAUAUGUUUAUAUGACAUUCUCAUGGAUGAUGGGUGUUUUUGUUUUUGCUUUACUACUUGGACAAAUAAAUAUCGUUUCAAAUGCAAAUCGUAACCGUGAAAAUUAUCGUAAAACUGUGGAUCAGGUUUUAAGUGAAUGUAAACGACUUGGUUUAUCAAAAGAUACUAUCAAUCGUGUUCGUGAUUGGUUUAUAUACACAUGGCAAAAACAAAAAGCUUUAGGUUUGUUAAUUUAA